GAUUAUUUUUCACCUUUUAGUUCCAUGUUAAGUUAAAAUGAAUUGCUUUCAACCAAGUUCAUGGAGAUGGAAUUCCUUCAAAGAAUCUUCGCAUCGCAUGGCAGCGCGAUUAACAAGAAAGCGGCCGAUCGAAGCCAUGCGUGACGAAAGAAGGAAAUCUGUGACGUCAACAAAGCUUCCGAAAUGUUUGACGACAUUGGAUCUGACGUCAUUGGGCGUGGGAAGUUGUGGUGGCACAGGAAUGUAUGUGGUGUCGGGUAUGGUGGCGAGGGAGAUUGCUGGUCCAGGUGUCAUCUUCUCUUUUAUCAUCGCUGGACUCGUGUCUUUGUUAUCAGGAAUGUGUUACGCUGAGUUCGGGGUACGAGUUCCUAAGACGUCAGGAUCAGCUUAUACGUAUAGUUACGUCACAAUCGGGGAAUUUACGGCGUUUUUCAUUGGUUGGAAUUUAGUUCUGGAAUACUUGAUUGGAACAGCAUCAGGAGCGAGUGCAAUAAGUAGCAUGAUGGAUUCCUUGUCGAACCAAACCAUUAGAAGUUGGAUGUUGGAACACGUGGGAAGAUUGCCAAGUAUCGCCGGCCACGAUGACCCGAACUCCUACCCAGACAUUAUAGCUUUGUUCAUUGUGCUUGCAAUGACAGUGAUUGUAGCAGCUGGUGUAAGGAACUCUGUGAUGUUUAAUAACGUGUUAAACGUGGUCAAUAUACUGGUAUGGCUGUUCAUUAUAAUUGCUGGGCUUAUAUAUGCUGAUCCCACCAACUGGUCCAAAGAUGGCGGGUUCUUCCCCAAUGGAUGGUCAGGGGUUUUAAGGGGAGCUGCAACUUGUUUUUACGCCUACAUUGGGUUUGACAUUAUUGCGACAACCGGCGACGAAUGCAAACAACCCCACAAGUCCAUACCUCGUGCCAUCUUAUUCUCACUAGCCGUGUGUAUGACGUGUUAUAUAUCUGUGAGUGCUGUGCUUACACUGGUGCUACCAUACAGCCAAAUAAAUGAGGAAUCUCCCCUUCUUGAUAUGUUUAACUACGUCGGCUUCUAUCAGGCAAAAUAUGUGAUCAGCGUUGGUGCAUUAGCAAGUUUAACAGUCAGUUUGCUCGGUUCAUUAUUUCCAAUGCCGCGCGUGCUUUACACGAUGGCUAGUGAUGGAUUAAUAUUCAGAUUUUUGAGCCACGUCAUGAAAUACACGGAGACCCCCGCUGUUGCCACGGUGAUAUCAGGAGCCAUUGCCUCAAUACUCGCUCUUGCUGUUAGUUUAAGGGACCUAAUAGAGAUGAUGUCCAUUGGAACCCUGCUAGCUUACACUUUAGUAUGUUUGUCGGUGUUGCUGCUUCGUUACCAGCCCGUUGUUUUGGCCGAUUCUCGUACAAACGGGCUCCCUAUACUGCCUCCAGUGGAAGAAGAUGAAAUUGAUCCUGAUGAGGUUGAAACCAUGGAAACAGCGACUGAAGCAUUUGAUGAGCGGGACAACACAAAUCUUAUUUCUAAAGAUAAAACUGAACAAAACUACGGCGCAAUUAAUGAAGAAAAGAAAGAAAACAAAACCGAGCAAAAAAUUCUUACCAAAGUAUGGCGUCGACUACAGUUGGCCAUGUACCCACCCCUACAACACGUUAAAUGUACUUUGGAUGGGUGGAUGAUCCCAGUUAAGGUGAUGCUAGGGAUCCCACAAGCGAUGGAACGGCCCACAGAGGAGACGGGGAAACGAGCAAUCCAGAGAAUCUGUUUGCUUUCAUUCUACCUCGUUAUGUUUAACAUUUUCCUUGUGUUUGGGGCCAACCACCUAAUUAACAAAGCAUGGUGGGCUCUUCUACUUCUUGCUUUCUUCAUCAUAAUUCUCAUUAUUCUGAUUAUCCUGGUUUGCCAGCAGCCGCAGAAUCCUACAAGAUUGGCAUACAUGGCCCCAUGUUUGCCCUUCCUACCAAUAUCAGCUAUAUGGUUCAAUACUUACCUGAUGCUCAAGUUAUCACCAGUAACCUGGAUUCGUUUCAUCAUAUGGUGCUUUAUAGGUUUAUUUAUCUACUUUGGAUAUGGUGUUUGGAACAGCGAUCUUGAAAAAAGUGACCAAAAGUUUGAGGAAACAACUUAUCAGGAGGGAAUGAAUAUCGAUUACGAAUCCAAGAGCGGUACAAUAAGCUACCAGAACAAUGACAAAGCACAAUUGACUGAGAAUGAUCAUAUGGAGAAUGCUGAAGCUGUUUUAACCAAUCAUGAUGAAGUCAAAAAAGUUUACGAUGAUAACCAGCCACUAAGUGACAGCGGAGAGUAAACAUAGAAAUCAUAUAUUAUAACUAAUUUAAAAAAAAAAUAAUAAAUAUUAUAGUAAAAUGGUUAACCUUGUUAAAACUUGUGACAAUCCUAAAAAUGAACAACAAACUGGUAUAUAUAUUUUAAAUGUUUUUAUGCUAAAUUGGCAUACAUUAACGUAUAUGUGCCAUUGGUAACCCUUUGUAUCGCUUAUUAGCCCAUAAUGUCACUGUUUCAGCUUCAAAGACUUUGUUUAUUUAUUUUAAGUUUCUUUGCUUAAUGGAAGAAUAUGUUUUAUUGAUUUAAACAACUUUUUGAACCAGUUUACACAUAAUAUUGAUAUAUUUGGAACACACUUUUACUACUUUACCAUUUCCUCUUCAAAAUUAUGCAAAACUUUUUAAACGAUAAAAAUUGCAAAACCUGAUAUAGCUUUUCUGGCAAUUUAUUUUCAUACCAACGUUUUAAAAUUUCGUUCAGGUCACCUUCAUUAGGAUAAAACACUACAACGUUGGUAUAAAUAGAUUUGCCAGAACAGCUGUUUAAGAUUUAUAAUGUACAUGGCAGCAACAGGCUAUAUUAAAUAACCUUAACCUGCACAUCCUAUACACUGAUGUAAUGAGAUGCUAGGACCAAAAUCAAACGAGACUAAUAUUAUUUUACCAAAAUUUUAUACUUCUAUGUGUUACUGUUAAUAUUGCUUAAGUUUUGUUCCAUAAAGCAGAGGUUUUCAAACGAUGUAACAGCUCACUUACAAAAAAGUUUAUUUAAAAAACCCUUAAAGCUGAAUACAUUUAAAUUGUAAGCUGGAGGUGUAAAAAACAGAACACCCGUGUUAUAAUGACUGUUAUUGGCCCACCACGCAUGGAUAAAACACUUUACAUUCAAUAUUUUAAUUAUUUAAUGAGAAGUUUUCUGCACACUUAAACUUAUUACAUUUCACAAAGUUAGAGAACCUCUGCCAUAGUGACACAAUGUAUUCAAUCAAGCAAUUCUAAUUUUACGUUAAUUUGCACAAGUUGUUAAGGGAGUUCCACUUGCUUACUGUGAAUGAUAGAAAAUAAAUUCAUGUUGAAAAUA